GACACCGCACUCCAACUGAGCGCUGGUGGAGUGCAGUACGUCAGAGGUGGGGGCGUCCGCAGCGACCGACGCGUCACUCGGUCCACACAGCUGGCUGCCACGCGCGCACGCGCUGAUAAGACGCGUGUAACCAGUGCGACAGACGCGCUGCGACGUGUUCGUGGCUGGCAAUUUCACCUCGCGUUAUCGGCUGUGUAAAACAAACGACUCGUUAAAGCACAACGGCCGCGAUCCUACUGGACGCCUGAGGAAGGUCGCUGGAAACUGGAUUGACAGCACGACCAUUCAAUUGAAGCGGCCGGUCUCACGGCAGGAUGUGCGGUAUGAAGCGUCCCCUUUAAGUGGUCCAGGAGAGGAGGGUGCGGAAACAACGGUUGCGGUAGUGGCUCCACUUCCGGUGUUCACGAGUUUCUCUACGUCCGGUACAUGGCCGCAAGUGAAAGUUGUGUAACGUGGAUGUUGAAAAUGUGCCUCUCACUUUCAAAAACAGAAGUGUUUUAUAUCUUUGCAAUGUAUGAAAAACGAAUCGUACCGAAAUGAAAUUAGUACACCGAAAUGUAGACAAGGAUGGCGAAGGGGUUAUCGCCCUUGUCCCUGAAGAACCAGAGGAUAUGUGGCAUGCAUAUAAUCUCAUUGCAGAAGGAGAUUGUGUACGUGCCUCAACAAUCAGAAAAGUCCAAAAUGAAUCGUCUACUGGUUCCUCUACGAGUAGCAGAAUUCGAACAACACUUACAAUCCGAGUGGAAGUCAUCGAUUUUGACACGCAGGCAUGCAUGUUACGUCUUAAAGGACGUAACAUAGAAGAAAACCAGUAUGUCAAAAUGGGAGCAUAUCAUACCCUUGAUCUGGAAGUGAAUCGAAAGUUCUCUCUUCAAAAACCUGAGUGGGACUCUGUUUCCCUUGAGAGAGUUGACACAGCAUGUGAUCCAACACAAAAUGCUGAUGUGGGUGCUGUUGUAAUGCAAGAAGGCCUUGCUCAUAUUUGUCUUAUUACUUCUAGUAUGACCCUGGUAAGGGCUAAAAUUGACCAGUGCAUUCCAAGGAAAAGAAAAGGCAAUGUUCAACAACAUGAAAAGGGUUUGUUGCGAUUUUUUGAAAAUGUAAUGCAAGGAAUCCUCCGUCAUGUGAAUUUUGAUAUUGUCAAGUGUAUAAUUAUUGCUAGCCCUGGAUUUGUGAAAGAUCAGUUUUAUGAAUAUAUGUUCCAACAAGCUGUUAAGACUGAUAAUAAGAUAUUACUUGAAAAUAAGGGGAAGUUUAUGUUGGUGCAUGCAUCAAGUGGAUUCAAACAUUCUUUAAAAGAGGUUUUAAUGGAUCCUGCAGUCAUAUCUAAAAUUGCUGACACCAAGGCGUCAGGUGAAGUACGAGCUUUAGAAUCCUUCUAUACAAUGUUGCAAACAGAACCUGCUAAAGCUUUCUAUGGCAUCAAGCAUGUUGAAAGAGCAACUGAGGCCCAAGCGAUAGAAACCUUAAUGAUUUCUGACAACCUGUUUCGAGUACAAGACGUUAAGCAGAGGAAGAGGUACGUGACACUAGUUGACAGUGUUAGAGAAUUUGGAGGUGAUGUGAAGAUAUUUUCCAGCCUUCAUGUUUCUGGAGAACAAUUGGACCAGUUAACUGGAAUUGCAGCCUUGCUUCGCUUUCCAAUGCCGGAACUAGAGGACGAAGAUGAAGAAAGUGAUGAAGAGAAAUGACAAUUGCAACUUCCAGGAGUGUUGAUAUUUUAUCCAUAAUUCUUGGGUUAGGUGUUCCUUAUUUAUGGAAUUCGGCCAUUGUUGCUUGUUAUGUUAUUGGCUGGAACAAUUAACAUGACUGUUUCAUCCAUGUGCUAUUUAUUUUUACUCGAGUGGCUUUUGUUUCAUGGAUAAAACUGUUUAUUUUAUUUUGAUUUGUAUAAUCUAUACACUGUAAAAUGAAGUGUACAGUUGUAAAAUAUACAAGGAAGCAUACCUAAUGAGCUAGUGUUUGAGUUGCUUGGUUCCCCUCCUAAUGACUCCACGAGGUCAGCAGAUAAGAAUGUG